AUGGCCUUGCCGAAGCGCAUCAUCAAAGAGACCGAACGGCUUAUGGCCGAGCCCGUUCCUGGAAUUAACGCUGUGCCCCACGAAGACAACCUGCGUUAUUUUGAUGUCUCCAUCCACGGUCCUGCGCAGUCGCCUUACGAGGGUGGUAUCUUUCGCCUGGAACUGUUCCUCCCCGAUGACUACCCUAUGACUCCUCCCAAGAUUCGCUUCCUUACAAAGAUCUAUCAUCCCAAUAUUGAUCGUCUUGGCCGUAUCUGUUUGGAUGUUUUGAAGAACAACUGGUCUCCUGCCCUCCAGAUCCGUACCAUUCUUCUCUCCAUCCAGGCUCUCCUCGGUGCCCCGAAUCCUGACGACCCACUUGCCAACGAUGUCGCCCAGCGUUGGAAGGAUGAUGAGCCCGCGGCUAUCCAGACUGCUAAGGAGUGGACCCGAACACAUGCCAUGACUUGA